CAUCUGCUGUUUUAAUAAAAAAAUGAAAAUGACGUAAAAUUCCAGAGUGUUAAAAUCAUUCGUGGAGACUAGUCUAUUGAGUCACAUGGGUUGUUUUUUAAUUUUGUAUUCACCUUACGGUUCCCACAUCCAUUGUAUUUUCCUUGUCUGGUUUUGGUACUGGGCUGUGCUAGACAUAUAGAAUGAACCGCAUAGUGUUUUUCUCCCUGAUGUAGUGCAGUGCAUGGAAUCAUACCCUUCUUGGACGUUUGGUAGAACAUGACCGUUAACAUUUCCCUGUCUGUCCACUGCAGCACAGGAUGGGUGUGGGCAGUAAACCCUCUCUUGUUACCAUGUCUUUGACUAAUUGUUCUUUGAUGGUGGCCUUCUUUUCCAAUUUUCUAGGUGUACUGUUUCCCAGAAAGCUUUCAAAUCAUCUAUAGCUGAAAUGUCUUUGUGUAAAUUAGUGUAUAGUCACACUUGAAUUAAAAAGGAAAUGUAUUUUGAAGCCUUAGAGCUUUAGCUAUUAGCAUUACUAUUGUUUGCCCAGCAAAGUGAUGGUGAAGGUCACGUUGCUGAAGAUGCCGUACACUUCACACAGAGACUCUUAACUGGACAGAGCUGAGACUAAGUGGCUGCUGGGUGCUCAUGUUGGAUACCCUAAGUUGGGGGUAUCUGCAUCACAUCCCUCAAGGCCCAGGGAAUGUCAUGGAAGAUAGAUUGUUAGAGCUGCGGCAUGGGGAGGAGAAUCCUAAACACUGUCUUCUGAAUAUGAGAUGGCCAUUGCAGCCAUCACCACACACACAGCAGCUGUGGUUACCGAUGUAAGACCUAACACACACACACACACACACACACACACUCAAGCACACACACACUCACACACACACUCACUUACACUCACACACUCACACACACACUCACACACACACUCAUACACACACACUCACACAUACACACACUCAAGCACACACACACUCAAGCACACACACACUCACACACACACACUCAAGAACACACACUCACACACACACUCACACACACACACUCACACACACACAUACAUACUCACACACACACACAUUCAAGAACACAUACACUCACACACACACUCACACACAUAUACACACACACACUCAAGCACACACACACACUCAAGCACACACACACACACACAUUUAUAUGUGACAUAGAAGUUGGAGGGGGACUGGUUGGGAAGGAGGAAGUCAGCAGAUGUGGGAAGGAAUAAGAGGUACCUGCUGUGACCGCUAUGUUCACGUCUAUGACGUUGUCAAGAGGUUGGAAUUGUUGGUGGCAAUAGCGUAACAAAACCAGUGAGGGCUUGGGAAGAUGGCUACCCAAACAAAGUGCUAGUGAGUAUGAGAACUGGGUUCCCAGAAUCCAUGGAAAAGCCAAUGAAUGUGAAUGAAUGCCUGUGUUCCCAGCAUACGGAAGGCAGAGAUGGGGACUCCCUAGGGCAAUUUGGCUAGUCAGACUAGAGGAGACAGCAGGCUCUAGGUCCAUCAGGAGACCAAAUCUCAACAUAUGCAGUAAAUGAUCGAGGAAGACAUUCGGUUAUUCACGCCUAUACUCACACAUGUACAUGUGUGCUUACACACACAUACAACCCACAUAGGUGAUCAUGCACAUACCACAUAUGCCUAAAUGGCACACUGAACUGUGUAAGUGGACAAGUUGUCCACUAUCUGGAUUUUUAAAUAAAAACAAAUCUUUAAUCAAAAAAUUGAAAAAAGAAACUUGCCUGUUAAACCUGCUUUCUUCAUCUUAAAGUUGUUUUACGAUCUUUCACCCUAUUCCUAUGGUCUCAGGUUUUCAUAAGUUAUAUAGCAAGCUUAUUGAUAUGUUCAAAGAACUAGCUUUUAGCUUUAUUAAAGAUCUAUGUUAUUAAUUUUUGUUUCAUAGCUUGAUGAUUGUACAUUUUAUAUUUCCUAUUCUUUCCCUCUGAUUUUACUAGGUUUAUUUAUUUUCCUCUAGCUUAUUGAAUUAAAAAAAAGAGAGAGCUCACUUUCAUUCUUCUGGUUCUUUUCUUUAAAACCAGGUUUUCCUGGCUUCGGUAUACAUCUUCAUGCUGUGGGAUUCAUGGCCAUGAUAUCUCCUUGAUAUGCAUUUCUAGAUAGUUUAUUAUUUUUUCUUUGUUAACUAAGGGUCACUUAAAAGGUGUCUAACAGUCUAAGCUACACAGGUUGGCUAGCGAUUUGUCAUGUUUUCUACUUUCUACCCUAGAAGGCAACCUCUGAUUGCCUCCUUAUAGGAUUUGUUGACAUUUCCUUUGUACCUUAGUGUAUGAGUAAAUUUUUCUCUUACAGUGCUGCCAGUUGAGCCCAAAGCCUUGCCCAUGUCAAGCAGGUUAUGGUAUUUACCAUUCGGGUCUCCCCUUUCUGUGUGGGAGUCACAGCUGUUUGAUGUGACAGUUCUGAGAGCUAGAGAAUCAAACACAUCUCCCUGGUGGGAAAUGGUCACGGUCUCCUUGUGCAUAUUUUAGGUUUUCCUUUUUGUAGCAAAUCUAUGCUUUUGGGUUUGUGGAAGAUGAACUAUCUUCAUGGAUUUUGCGUGUUCUUUGCAUGUCUAUUUUUGUGGUGCUGAGAUUGGACAAAGGCCACCGUUCAUGCUGGUCAAGCACUUUGCCACUGAGUUAUACUCAGCCCCUGGACAGUUUAUUUCAUCACGUUGGAAUAGCUUUCUCCUAGCUCCUUUCUUCUUUACCUUAAUCUAAAUCACUCCUUGGAGUGCGUUGUUUUUAUUAGAAUUGGAAUAAAUAUAUUUUUCUACACUCCUAGUGUUAUAUUGCUUUGGGUAUGACUAAUAAGCCACAUCUAGCUGUAUUUUAUAUUAAGGUUCUUCUUUGAUAACCCCUGUCACUCAAUAAGAAUUUCAACCCAUUCACACUUACCGGGAUGAUCGAUAGACUUUCAAGUCGAUUGAUUUGUCAAUUUCGAGGACAUUUUGUUCAUAAUAAGUUUCGUUCUUGUACAUUCAACCCAUUGUAAAAGGCUGAUGCACUUCGAGGUAGUGACCUAUGCUGACUCAUGUCUGGUGUCUCUCCGGUGAAAACAUUGAAAUCUGCUUUUUAUUUUCUUUUAUUUAUUGUUUCCUGACAUGAUUCUCAUUUUUCUCACAUGAGCAUUUGCAUACUGGUACACCUAAGGACUUUAGUUAGAUUUUUUUCUUUUACAAUGAUGAAGAUCUAAGUACAGCUCUUCCCCCUUUCCCUCCCAUCCUCCAGCCCUUCCUGUGCACUCCAGUUUGUCACUGUCCUCCGCGUCUCUGGACGUAUUUGAAUGAUUGCAAAUCAUUUGUUUUGUUGUCAUUGUUUUUUGUUUUUGUUUUUGUUUUGUUUCCCAGACUUUUUCUAUUUUUAUGUGGCCUCAGAAUUCUUUGUCACCUGCUUGAAACAAGAACAAGAAUCAUGGGGCUGGCUGAUGGUUCCGUUGUACCAUUUGAUGAGUCUGCAAACAGGGGGGGAGCAAGGACUGGAAAGAUGCCCAGGAGGGCACUGCAGUGGGACUGGAGCUGCUUUGUGUCCUGCUCUGAGUCUCCAGGCAUUGGGAUAGUUGUUAUGUGGCGUUAUUACAGCAAUUUCUGACUGAUACAGCAGUCUUCCAGCCCAGACAGGGAUCCUAACUCUUAACACAGCACUGCCUUAACCAAAAGACUUGGGUUAGCGGUAAAAAGGUCAGGUCUGGUUCCCAUGAGUGAGGUUAGUUAUUUCCAGGGCCUGAGACAGGGACUGUAGCAGAAAGAAGAAGACAAAAACAAAACAAAACAAAACAAAAAACAACCAACCAAGCAAACAAAAAAAGAAAAGAAGACAAUCAACAAAACAAACAAAAACAAAACAAAACCAACCAACCAGCCAGCCAUCCAGCCAACCAACCAACCAACCAACCAACCAACCAACCAAUCAGCCAUCCAGCCAACCAACCAACCAACCAACCAACCAACCAACCAACCAACCAACCAACCAAUCAGCCAGCCAGCCAACUGUGCUCACUUAAUGCUUUCUGAUGGCUUUAAUUAGGAAGAGCAAGAUUUUGAUCAAGAGACAGAGGAUGGGGCUAGGUGGUGCCUGGGGGCUCCUUUGUUUUUCUAUGAAGCUUCCCAUGGAGACUUAGGGACCUCCUGCCCCGGGGCCUGAAAUUCUGCCUGACUCGGGGCUUCUCAGAAUCUCCACUGGGGCAAUGGAAGAACAAGAGCUCCCAUGUGAACAAUAUGGAAACCAGGAGUCAAGUCUCACCGAAAUAUCCUGACCGGUGCUUUCAGAACUUAGAGUGGCUCUUCAUAUAUCAAAACCUGCUCAAAGUACAUUACCCUAAACUUGGAGUGUCAGAGGACUGUCUGUACCUCAACAUUUAUGCACCAGCCUACGCCAAUGAUGGCUCCCGUCUCCCGGUCAUGAUGUGGAUACCUGGAGGUGGCUUUGAGACUGGCUCGGCCUCCAUCUUCGAUGGGUCUGCCCUGGCUGCCUAUGAGGACGUGUUGAUUGUGACCAUCCAGUACCGCCUAGGAAUAUUUGGAUUCUUCAACACACAGAACCAGCAUGCCCCUGGGAACUGGGCCUUCCAGGAUCAGUUGGCUGCCUUGCAAUGGGUUAGGGAGAACAUCAACUACUUCGGUGGAAACCCUGACUCUGUGACCAUCUUUGGUGGCUCGGCAGGAGCCAUAAGCAUUUCUAGCCUCAUUCUGUCUCCUUUGAGCGCGGGGUUAUUCCACAGAGCCAUCAUGCAGAGCGGAGUGGCCAUCAUCCCCAGCCUGAAGAAUUUUGAUGAUGAACUGAAACAUGGUUUGCAGGUGGUUGCAGAUGUCUGUAAGUGCAACGUAUCAGACUCCAAGGUUUUGCUGAAGUGCCUGAGGGAAAAGUCUUCUCUCGAGUUGCUGAGCCUUGGCCAGAAAACAAAGGCAUUCACUCGAGUGGUUGAUGGUUCUUUCUUUCCUGAAGAACCGAUGGAACUGUUGUCUCAAAAGACAUUUAAAACAGUUCCUUCUAUCAUUGGAGUCAAUAACCAGGAGUGUGGCUACAUACUGCCCAUGAGGGAAGCGCCUGAGAUUCUUUUCGGCUCCAAUGAGUCUACCGCUCUCACCCUGAUACAUGUCUUGCUGCAUAUUCCCCCCCAGUAUAUGCACAUCGUGGCAAAAGAUUACUUCCACGGCAAGCAUUCUCUGACUGACAUCCGAGACACUUUACUGGAUUUGUUUGGAGAUGUGUUCUUUGUGGUUCCUGGGCUGGUCACAGCUCGAAAUCACAGAGAUGCUGGUGGACCUGUCUAUUUUUAUGAGUUUCAGCACCGACCCAACUGCUUUCAGAACACAAGGCCAGCUUUCGUGAAGGCUGACCACACGGAUGAAAUCCGCUUUGUCUUUGGAGGCCCAUUCCUGGAGGGUGACGUGGUCAUGUUUGAGGAAGCCACUGAGGAUGAGAAGUUGCUAAGCAGGAAGAUGAUGAGCUACUGGGCUAACUUUGCCAGGAGUGGGGAUCCUAACGGGGAUGACCUGCCUCUGUGGCCAGCCUACGAUCAGAAUGAAUCGUACCUGAAGCUGGAUGUGAACAUCAGCACUGGAUGGAGACUGAAAGAUCGGAGAGUGGAAUUUUGGACAGACACCCUGCCCCUGAUCACGUCUGCUUCCAAAGCGCUACUCAGUCCCACUUUCCCCUUAAUCCUCUUUUCGCUGCUGCCGCCGUCUCUUCUCUCCAUUGCUUCUUAGAAGUCAUGAUUGUUUGCUUCUGAUUUUCUUCUAAGUUUCUCCCUCAGCCAUUAUCCCCAUUCCCAGCUGAGCUGCUUUCCUGGAGACUUCUGUGCGCUAAUCUGCUUUCACUGAUGUUUUAUGGGCUUAGGGAUCAACCUCAUAAAAUUCUUUUCAACAUCAAAAAAAUUCAAUUUGUCUUGGAAGGUAAUGAAAUUUUCUCAAUGAGUCUGGAGGAGGGCUGGUCCAUUACUUGUCAUAUAAUGAACCCAUUACUCAUAUAAAAUAAAAUCAGAGUGCAAAAUGUA